AUGACCUUGGGGGCUUCUCUUCACAAUGUCCUCAGUCGCCUCAAAGCGCACCCUCAAACCUACCCCGCAAUCAACCUUGCCUACUCCUCCACCAGUCCCAUCCAGAAACCAGUGACUAUUCAGCUACCUGCAAACGGACUGCGUCUGCGCUUUGACGGUCCCGACCAGAGACUCCGACUUAUCGAAGUCCUCGACUUCUCCAAGACGCCCCUAGUGUAUAAGAGCCAGGAAGUGCUGAAAGGGGUAAAACCGAGUGAACUGCACGUGUCACAAGGACCUAGCUUUCGACAUGUUUACAACCGCCUCUUUGGACCAUCCUAUCCAGGAGAAUAUAUCCCUCCCGCAAAUCAGUCCCCAUAUGGUACCUACGUGUUAUCAUACCCCGGCGUGGCCUUUUCUUUCCCUCUUCAACAUUCGGCGUGGUCAGACCAAUGCGAUUUUGUAGCGUUGCUCUCAUCCUCCGCAGCCAUGCCCGCGACGUCGAUGGCUAUCUUCCAGGGCUCCUCUUGGCCAGAGGUUCGAGCCAAGCUGUUCACGCAACAGCCACAAUACCCCCGAUCGCCCGCCGUGGCGGGCAAGAACCGAGAGUCAGUGGCAGACGAGGUGGAGGAAUUUCAUGUCAUGGGCGCCGGCCAGUUGGAAGUGAUCCGACGAUCGAGCCCACCCACGACGAUCAUGCUCUCAGAGACCACCCCGCAGGAUCUGGUAGCGGAAUUUGGGCCCCCAGACGCGAUCUACCGUAAGAACGACCGGAGAAUCUCGAUCCACCGCGCUGCUGGCGGCAGCGGUGAGGCGCAUUUCCAUAUGGGCACCUCUCCCGGUCGAGGGAUCGAGGUGGCCGAUACUGACCAAUCGUCGAAUAACAGCGUCUCAGAUGACUCGGAUGAAGAACUAUCCCAACCGAAUCUGGAUCCGGCCUCUCUCCCAACUGAAUGUUUCUUUAACUACUUCCAUCAUGGCUUCGAUGCUUUCAUCUCUCAUCCUACCACCCCAGGCCCUGCAUUCCCUGGGUCCAGCAUGUCCGACCCUUCGCCUCCGUCACCUUCAUCGCAGCUAGUGGUAACCAAGAUUAUCCUUCAUGGGAAUGUACCAGGCUCGUACCCCUUCAACCGCCACCGCCGCAGCCGUUGGAAGAUCCACCUGGGUCCGUCCGGUGAUACUGUUUCUUCUGAGACACGUUAUGACGAGAUUUCUGAACGGCUUCGCGAUGUCUGGAAGGGGUCGUAUUCCAGUCCUGCCGAAGAGCGCGCCCUGCAACGUCCUAUGGUGCUGAACCGCGGAUGGGGGGACAGCCCAGAGAGUAGCGUCGAGUUCCUCGGAGGCUGGGAAGAAAGCACUGGGAAAGGACAACGUAUGGGACCUGAGAGCCAUGAUGGGGGAUUGGGCAACACGGAGCUAUUCGGGUUUCCUGGUCUUCUCUUCGAGGUGUUGAAGAACGGCGCGAUCAAUUUGUUGAAGCCAUUUGCAUUGGUCCAGUAUGAAAUUUAUGUGUUUGCGUAUUACUGUAAUAACAGCACUUCAUUGGCCGGAGAUAGAGGCGGGAUAUGCUUCAGCGGUAGUAUGCCGGAACUGCCGCGGACGCUCACACGGUCCUGGUCGUCGACGCUGAAGCUUCCUAAGUCGACCUUUCCCGCACGCGUGACGCCGGCCGAUCAAACGAAAUACCUGCGACGAUGCACCGACGACCUGUACGCCUGGCAGCGGCGCGAACGACCCGCUGACAGACCGUUCGUUCUGCACGACGGCCCCCCAUACGCCAACGGCGACCUUCACGUCGGACAUGCUCUCAACAAGAUUCUCAAGGACAUCAUUUGUCGUGUGCAGCUGGGGUUGGGAAAGCGGGUGCGCUACGUGCCUGGCUGGGACUGUCAUGGGCUGCCGAUUGAGCUAAAGGCGCUCGACGCGCAGAGGGACCUGGGGAAGGAAGCGGACGGACCCGUCACGGCGGCGGUGAUUCGGAAGGCGGCGCGGAAGCUGGCCGCGCGCACGGUGAAGGACCAGAUGAAGGGGUUCCGCGGGUUUGCGGUCAUGGCGGACUGGGAGAGCCAUUGGAAGACGAUGGACAAGGACUUUGAGAAGAGACAGCUGGGGGUGUUCCGGGAGAUGGUUGAGAAGGGGCUGAUCUACCGGCGGUUCAAGCCGGUGUAUUGGUCGCCGUCGACGGGAACGGCGUUGGCGGAGGCCGAGCUCGAGUAUAAGGACGACCAUGUGUCGACGGCUGCGUUGGUGAAGUUUCCGCUGGUGUCCAUCCCCACGCACCUUGCGCAGAACCCGUUGCUGCAGGGCAAGAAGCUGAGCGCGGUGAUCUGGACGACCACGCCCUGGACGCUUCCGGCCAACGCGGUCAUUGCGGUGCAUGCGGAUCUGCAGUACACGGUCGUCCAGUCGGAAGAGCAUGGUCACCUGCUUAUUGCGCAGUCUCGGUUGGAGUAUCUCGAGAGCAUGCUAAAGGAGGACCUGUCUGUUAUCGUACCGUCUAUUCUGGGUUCGGAGCUGGCUGACCAGACUACCUACCGGCCUAUUUUUAAGGGGUCCAAGGCAGAGGACCAGCCGAUCAUCGCUGCGGAUUUUGUGACUGCGGACUCUGGAUCUGGUCUUGUCCACUGUGCCCCAGGCCAUGGAAUGGAUGACUACGACGCUUGUGUAUCUCGUGGGAUUCCCGCGCUCGCUCCGGUCGAUGACCAUGGGAGAUUCACCGACCUAGCGAUGCCUGACGAUCCUGCUCGGCUGAGUGGAAAGAGUGUCCUGGGCGAAGGAAACGACGCUGCUUUGGAGUACGUGGAAUCGCAGGGCUAUCUGCUCGCGAAACAUCAGUACGAACACAAGUAUCCGUAUGACUGGCGGUCCAAGCUUCCCAUCAUUAUCCGAGCUACUGAGCAAUGGUUCGCCGAUGUGGCUGAUAUCCGCGGUGCGGCCGUCAAAGCGCUGGAGGAUGUGAACUUUGUCCCCGUUUCUGGAAGACAGCGACUGGAGAACUUUGUCAAGAACCGGAGUGAAUGGUGUAUUUCCCGCCAGCGCGCGUGGGGUGUACCUAUUCCUGCUCUUUACCAUAAGGGCACUGGGGAGGCUGUUCUGACAAAGGACACAGUCUCGCAUAUCAUGUCUGUCAUUGAUGAGCGCGGGGUGGAUGCCUGGUGGACGGACGAUGCCGAUGAUCUCGCUUGGAUCCCGCCAACAUUGCGAGAUGCUUCCGGACCUGGCUACCGUCGCGGGACGGACACCAUGGACGUGUGGUUUGAUAGCGGUACUAGCUGGACGGAGGUCCCUACGCCCUACGCCGACGGCUAUCCGGCCGAUGUUUACCUGGAAGGAACGGAUCAGCACCGUGGUUGGUUCCAGUCGGGGCUGCUGACCUUCAUUGCGCACCAGCUUGCCGCGGGACAGAGCACACCCCGUGCGCCGUUCAAGCACCUGGUUACCCAUGGCUUUACUCUCGACGAGGAAGGGCGUAAGAUGAGCAAGUCAAUCGGAAACGUGGUACAUCCGCAGACGAUCAUGGACGGAACUCUUCUGCCGCCCCUGAAGCCGAAAAAAGGCAAGAAACAGCAGGCAGAUAAAGGCCCCGUUUACGACGCCCUUGGACCCGACGCGCUUCGCAUGUGGGUUGCCAGCAGCGACUACACCCGCGACGUUGUGAUUGGAAAGCAGGUCCUCCAAACCGUCAACACCAGCCUGCACAAGUACCGGGUGACAUUCAAGCUCCUGCUCGGUGCGCUGUCCGACUUCCGCGUCGAGUCCCAGGUGCCCUACGAGCAGCUGCAGCAGUCAGACCGGAUCGCAUUAAUGCAUCUCGCCGAAAUGGUUCGCACCUGCCAGAAAGCCUGCGCAAACUUUGAAUUCUACAAAGCCGUGAACGCGAUCAACCGCUGGGCUAAUCUGGAGUUCUCCGCUUUCUAUAUGGAGACCAUCAAAGACCGACUCUACACGUACAGCGAGAACAGCACGAGCCGACGCGCCGCCCAGACGACUCUCUUCCACAUCUACCAUUACCUGCAGGAGGUGUUGGCACCUAUCACCCCGAUGCUGGUGGAAGAGACCUGGGAACAUACCCCAGAAGCCAUCAAGACCCACUGCGAGCAUCCCCUGCAGCGAAUUGUUUCGGAACCCGUAUCCGAAUGGCAGAACCCGUCGCUGGAAACGGACUACCAGGAUCUCAUCGCUGUGCACUCUGCGAUCAAGACCCUCCAGGAACAAGCCCGCGGCCAAAAGCAGAUGGGAUCGUCCCUCCAGUCCUUCGUGCAUAUUGUGCUCCCGGAGGGUGUUGCAGCGGCAUCCGUCUUUCACCGGAAUCUUGCCGAACUCCCUGAUCUGUUCGUGGUCUCGUCGGUCACCCUGGCGGCUCAUGGAGAGGAGUCGUCUGCGCUUGCUGAUGUUGAAUGGCAGUACAGCCAGGAGUACGAGCUUCCCAACGGACAGAAGGGAACGGUGUAUGUGUAUGCUCCGCAGGAUACCAAGUGUCCCCGGUGCUGGCGGUAUGUUGUGCCCGAGUCUCAGGGAGCGGAGGAGCCGUUGUGUGGACGAUGUGAGGACGUUGUCCGGGAGCUCGAGGCAACGGGUUGA